CAUUUUCAGAGGUGAACUUCCAAUGUAUGCUAAUGGGAGACUUCUCCAGGAGAUAACCCUAAACCCUAACUCGCUCGCGCUUGACGAAGAGAGCCACCCCCUCCUCACUCGCUGCCCGUGUCCCAGCUUUCCUGAUCACUCCAUGCUCUCGUCUUCACCAGCUCAGAGUGCGCACUAGCAGCCUGCCACCAUGCCACCCAAAUUGGACCCUUCCCAGAUCGUCGAAGUGUAUGUUCGCGUCACAGGUGGAGAGGUAGGAGCAGCCUCCUCGCUUGCACCGAAGAUUGGUCCUUUGGGUCUUUCACCCAAGAAGGUUGGUGAGGACAUCGCUAAGGAAACAGCUAAAGACUGGAAAGGUCUACGUGUUACAGUCAAGUUGACAGUGCAAAACAGACAGGCUAAGGUAACUGUGGUUCCUAGUGCUGCUGCUCUAGUUAUCAAGGCUCUCAAGGAGCCAGAACGGGACAGGAAGAGAGUGAAGAAUAUUAAGCACAAUGGAAAUAUCUCACUGGAUGAUGUGAUUGAGAUUGCGAAAAUCAUCAUCCAGUGGUCGAUGGCCAAGCACGCUGCAGGAACAGUCAAGGAAAUUCUUGGCACAUGUGUUUCAGUAGGCUGCACGGUGGACGUCAAAGAUCCCAAGGAAGUCCAAGAAGGGAUUGACGAUGGAGAAGUAGAAAUUCCCGAGUAGGAUAGUGGGUAGAAGCUAGAUUGGAAUUUUUUUAACGAUGAGGAGUUUGUUUAUCCUGUUUUAGUGUAACAUUGUACAAAAAUGAGAGAUGUUUUAGUCUCGUUUCUAUGAGUUCUGACGCUCAUUCACAAGUUUUGACUUUCUCAAGAUUAGCCACAUUUUCUCGGUAAAACCGUGGUUGAUGUAUUAUAGAAUCUCUUACAAUAUCAUGUUGGCUUUGGUUCA